AUGUCGGAAGAAGAGCAGCCGAAAACCGAGUCAACUCCAGCCUCAGUUCCCGCACCAGUUGAAAGCCCAGCGGCUCCGACCCCAGUUCUCCCCAAAAUGGACGUAUCGCCAGAUCAAACGCCCCUAGAAAGUCCGGAAGCAGAAGACCUUCCAGACCGAACAAUCCCGAUUAAAAAUUCGCAAGGCGAGAGUCCUCAAAGAUCCACAAUUCCAAAGCCAGAUGUUUUGAAAAACGUCCAGCUUCCAAAAGAGUUAAUCCCGAAUCCAGAAAAUCUCGACAAGCUCAAAAGAUGGGGCCUAAAACACUACAGGGUAAAUCGACAGAGGAUUCAAGAACUCAUGGGAACAGCAACGAUCACAGCAGAGCCAGACUUAGAUCCCAGAGUUGAAAAACUACACGACCAUUUAACCAGAUACAAAGAAUUACAUCAGAUGGGAGAGGAACUGGCGACGAGAUUCAAAGCUCUGACAGCUACUCAAAAGAAACUCGGCGAUUUCUUCUCGGAAAUGAGCCUGAAAUCGACAGAUUUACAGGAUGAAUUCAGUUACAAUGCGGACACACAGACACUUAGAGAAUACCAAAAGUCAAGGGUCGAGUUCGACGCGUACAGAACCGAUCUUGAAAAGCUACAAGCACUUCAAGGCACGCCAGGUGCUCCGAAAGACCUAGACCAAAAGCUCGAAACUUCAACAGCCUCAUUUGUUCAACGAAAAGAAACGCUCGAUAAGUUCAAAGAAGCUCUCAUUAUCAAGCUCAAAUUACUCGAUGAAAAUCGACACAAGGUUAUGUCGAAACAAUUACUUUUGCUUCAUAAUGGAGUCUCUGCAUACUUUGCUGGUAACCAACAAGCCCUAGCCGGGGCUGUUCAAGAAUUCUCUGCUCAUCUUCAGUCGGAAAAAGAAAUUGAAAAGAUCAAAUCAGAACUCGAGCAAAAGAAAAAGGCGGUGAUGGAAGAAAUGCCCACUGCCCAUGUUCCGGAGUAUGAGAGCUUCUCGAAGAAUGUCGAUAACGUUGAGGAAGAUCUGCGGUCGAAUACAGUCGGUUUGGUGACUCUUUCCGAGAUGAAGGAGAAACAGAGGUUGGCAGUUGAAGAAAGAGAGCGCCAAAUUGCGCUGAGAUUAGCUGAAGACAAGAAAAAGACGGAAAAGGAAAAGAAACGACGAGCGAAGGAGAAAAAACGAAAUAGAAAAUUAGCUGAUAAGAACAAAAUAAGCUUUGGAGAUGACGAAGAGGAGGAAAAUCAAGAAGUUGAGAUAAAGAAGAAGAGGAUCGGGAAAGACCUAACAGUUGAUACAUCGUUUUUGCCCUCUGAUGGUAAGAAUGAAAGGGAACAGGCUGAGAGAGAGGAGAUUCGAAAGAUUUGGAUAGAGCAGCAAGCCAGGCUCAAAAAUCAAAUCAUGGAAUUCGAGUAUGUCUACUGGGAUGGCUCUCCUCAUCCACGAGAUUUGGUUGUCAAAAAAGGGGACACCAUCGAGACAUUUCUUCAGCGAUGCCGCCAACAACUUCGAAUCGACUUUAUUGAAAUGAAAACUCAAGCUGUCGAUCAGAUGAUGUUUAUAAAGGCGGAUACAAUCAUUCCCCAUCAAUACACCUUCUAUGAUUUGAUUGUUACGAAAGCGGAAGGAAAAUCCGGAACUCUCUUUGAUUUUCAAAAAGACCAAGACAACAUCAAAGUCGAGAACACUGCCGUCAUGGCGAAAGCCACUGUCAAGGUCUGCACCAGAAACUGGUAUGAAAACAACAAACAUGUUUACCCCGCGAAUGUUUGGGAGAGCUACGAACCGGAGAAGAAAUAUGAAAAGUACAAAAAAUCAGGAAAAGUUGAAGAUGGCUCCAAAGCUGGUCUGGAAAUCAACACAAAAGCCUCUAGAUGUCCGAAUUGUGGAUAUGGACGAGGCAAACUCGGAGAAAUCAGCUACGGAACAUGCUACUUAUGUUGCGAAUACAAAGACGCUUUGAAUUCCUGCUUCAGAAAUAUGAUCAGGUGGCGUUGUCCAUGUCGAAAAAUAAUCAAAAGAUGCACCUCAAAUUUGUCUCCGCUGACUGAAAAUCUCAAGAAUCUGGAUGAAAAGCGAGAUUUGCCGCUAGCCGCCUACAAGAACAUCCCAAAACUAGAGCCUAUCUAUUCUGUCGACACUGGCCUCUCUGAUGAAGAUUACGGCUCAAAUGGCGAGCUAAAACCUCUUCUUCCACAAGAAAUUGUUGACGAUAUCAACUCUCGCUGGUCUGUUGCUACUCCAACAUUUCCUUAUGAGCCACUGCCAGAGUCUACUUGGGAAAUGUAUCGAAGGCCAGAGACUGGGCCGGAAAGAAAGCUCUCUGUUUAUGAGAAGCACCGCGCGAAACUUGUCGCAGAACGAAUUGAACUCGAAUUCAAAGAUUUCGCUGCUCAUUUUUCGGAGGAAACGGCAAAGAGCCAGAAAACUCGGGCUGUAGGAGCGGCGACUUAUGGAAAGAUUCCAGGAGUUCGACGACAGUGGCUACAACUGAAGAGUCCUGCGAUGAAACCCCUUCCGAGUGGCUACUUUAAUUACGAUAAAGCGAAAGCCGAAUCUUUGGUUGAACAAGGGUUGUUCAGACUCGUUGGAUUUGAAAAUCUUCAUUUAUUGACUCCUUCUUCUAAUGAUUCCAGUGAACUUAAAGCGACAGAACUUGAACACUCAGUCAUUUUUACUUCUCUAGAACAGAAAUACAAGCUCCUGAAAAAGAACCUUGAAGAGAACUUCAUCAAAGACGCCCCAUUUUUAACCCGCUCCGAAGUUUUUGAACGUUUCGCUGACCCAGAGUACAAAUCGGAUAUUUCUUCCCUUCAAGAAAACUUAUCAAAAGUCAUCAAUCGCCCACUAACAGAAGUCGUUGCGCUGCAAAACUUGAUCCUUGACCGGUCGCAUUUGAAUCACAUCGAUGUUAAUUCGCUCUUUUUGAAAAACUGGGAGCUCCACGAUCUACUCAAAGUCAUCACUCCAGAAAUGAUGUCAGUAACUCUUGAUGCACUGCGAAACGAAACUGGAAUCACUUUUGGUUCUGAUCUCGGAAAUGUACUGAUGAAUUGUCCGGAAUAUAUCACUCUCAGCCCUAAAGUCAUCAGAGAUAGAAGGGAGUCCUUCAUUGGCUGGGACUUCGACGGACAUGUUCUUGGAGACAUCAUUAGGUUUUGUCCUGAAGCGUUCUUGGAAUCAGACUAUGACAAAAUGGAGGCGAAGAUUCAGUAUUUGGCCAUGCGAUGCAACUGUCCCCGUGACACAAUGGUGGAGCUUGGCCUUCUCGGCCUGCCAAUAGAGGAGAUCUCCGCAAAAUACGAAUUUUGCUACCGUCGUGGCGUCAUUUCUAGGCCAAGCAAGAAGGAAAGACGGCUUGAAAUGAAGAAGCAUAAAGGAAAAGUCUACCAGGAAAUUCACGAUGAAAAGAAAAGAUCAGCAAUUGCCAGGAUCUUUGCAUCAUCUCACGAAGAGUUCUUAGAGUUUGCCGAAGCGAGCGCGAGAGAUUUUGAAAUAUGGAUAAAAUCAUGGCACGCUGAGCUCGAAAGUCUUGAUGGUCUUGCGGAAAAUACGGUUCAUACGUUGCUUGGAAUGAAGGUUCCGUUUGUUAUCAAUAGGGAAACGAUAAAUCGAAUAAAACAUCAAGGACAAGUGAGAGCUUCUUGGGGCAUCGAAUCACUGGUCAAUUCAAGAGGCGCCGCUCAACCCGUUUGGGAGGUUCAUGAAGAAGAGUUCGAUAAAAGCACCGAAAAUGACCUUUAUCGCGAGUUGAAAAAUUAUGGCAACGAAAACUUUUCUGAUUUCGAUGAAGAACGCCUUGAAGUUGUAGAAUCGGAUUUGGAAAGCAUGCGCUGGGGAAAGCCGUAUAUUAAGAUCGAUUAUGAAACUGCAUUAGACCUGUACUACAACAAAGAGUAUCUUGACGAGUCCGAGUACAGCUAG